UCCCCAAUUGACCAGGCGCCUCCGCAGCAGUCUCUUCUCGAAGGUUCGCAGCCAUGGCCGGCGGCAACCUCUUCGGCAGGGCGCUCAGCUACGUCGUCAACCAGUUCCUCGUCGAGGGCCUCGCCAACAACCGUGCCUUCCAGAGGUUUGCUGUGAGGACAAACAGGACUUUUGAGAAUCUUUCGUCUAAAGCUAAAGAAGUGAAGCAGGAUGUAUCAGAGAAAUGGAGGGAUGUCCGUGGACAGGAUGAUCAUUUCAGGCAGUGACGCUUGGCACAUUUCUUGGCAUCCAUCAAGUUGCUUGCAGUACAAUCCCGCUGUCUGUUUUCCGUGUGCUUGUGCUACUUUUGGAAGUCCUCAACCUGCCGAAGAGUCCAUUGUAUAGAAUUGAUAUGAUCUCAGUUUGUUAGCUUGAAUUUGAGGAGUAGAUGACAAGUCAGUAUUGCAUUUUCCUAUUAUAUCUGUCAGUUGGCAUUGACUGAUCUUCAUGGGGUCAUCCAGUUCUGUGAUGUGAUCAAUAAGGAAUCUCUGAAUUUGGUGCCCUUUUUCUUUGCUAA